AAAUUCUCCACGGUUAUCCAAUCGACGGUGUGGUGUUGCUGACUGGUUGCGAUAAGACAACUCCUGCAUGUCUGAUGGCCGCUGCCACAAUGAAUAUUCCUGCCAUCUGCAUGAACGUGGGACCGAUGAUCAACGGUUAUCUGAAAAACGAGCUAGCAGGAUCAGGUAUGGUAGUCUGGACGGGAAGAGAGAAGCAUGCUGCCGGUGAAAUGAGUGAUGAAGGAUUGGUCGAUUACAUCUCCCGAGGAGCACCGUCAGCAGGACAUUGCAAUACGAUGGGAACAGCAUCGACAAUGAAUGCGCUGGCAGAAGCACUCGGAAUGGCCCUUCCCGGGUCCGCUGCAAUCCCCGCUCCUUAUCGUGAACGAGCGCAAUGCGCCUAUAAAACAGGCUUGCAGAUCGUUGAAAUGGUGCACUCCGACCGGAAGCCAAGCGAUAUUAUGACGCGUGAAGCCUUCGAGAACGUCAUCGCUGCAAACACUGCCAUUGGCGGUAGCACGAAUGCCCCGAUCCAUAUCAAUGCUAUUGCGAAGCAUAUUGGCGUUGACAUCACACUGGAUGACUGGGAUCAAGUUGGAUUCCACAUUCCACUUCUGCUUAAUAUGCAGCCUGCAGGAGAAUUCUUAGGUGAGGAAUACUAUAGAGCAGGAGGGCUUCCGGCUAUCAUGGCGGAGUUGCUGGACGCUGGAAAGUUACAUCCCGACGUCCUAACCUGCAACGGGCAGACUGUAGCCGAGAAUGUGAAAGGACAACAAAGCUGGGACCGACGAGUCAUCAAACCAUACAACGAGCCCAUAAUGAAUGACGCGGGGUUCGUGCACCUUCGGGGGAGCUUGUUCGACUCAGCCAUCAUGAAAACUUGCGUCAUAUCAGAGCAGUUUCGGCAAAAUUUCCUGGAAAAUCCCCAGGAUCCCAAUGCGUUCGAAGGAGCAGUCGUAGUCUUUGAUGGCCCCGAGGAUUUUCAUAGUCGCUUGGAGGACGCCUCCACUCCGAUUGAUGACAAAAGUAUUCUAAUAAUGCGCGGGGCUGGUCCACUGGGAUAUCCCGGGGCGGCAGAAGUUGUGAACAUGCAUCCUCCGGGUCAUUUAUUGCGACAGGGGAUCAAGUCCCUGCCAUGUAUAGGAGAUGGUCGACAGUCGGGAACAUCCGGCUCACCGUCAAUUCUAAACGCGAGUCCCGAGGCAGCGGCCGGGGGAAAUCUUGCACUGCUCCGGGACGGAGAUAGACUCCGUGUUGACCUCAACAAACGGCGAGUGGAUAUUCUCCUUUCAGAAGAGGAACUGAACAAGAGAAGGGGAAAGCUCGAAUCGACUGGAGGCUACAACUUCCCGGAGAGUCAGACACCGUGGCAGGAGCUCUUCAGAAAGGAGACCAGUCAGUUGAAUGAAGGUAUGGUCUUGCGGGAGGCUGUAAAGUAUCAGCGACUGGCUCAACGCCCGGAGGUGCCCCGCCAUAAUCAUUGAGUUAUUGUGGUAGUUCAUGCAAGGGUUGCUUGUAUCACCAACCCUUGUUGCAGGGUCAAUUGAAAUUAGGCAUCAAUGGCAAGACAAUUCGAAUUCGC